CCGAGUUGCUCCUUGGUGACUGCAUACGCGCGUGACAUCCUGCACGGUCUUCCAAAAAUUAAGGAAUGCGCUAUUGAUUGGCCUCGUUUGCACUGUCAGGAUAUUGGAUAGAGUCCAUCGCAGGUGAUAUUUAUCGCAGGGGUACACGAAGUAUAGAAGGAUUCUUCUUAAAUUAUGGCCACAGUUGUGGUGCAGCAGCAGACGCUGCGACACUCGACCCCUCCCCCGACGGGCUUGACUCCCGCAUUGAGUCUGAACAGGACUUCGUCUCCCAUCCCCAACAAGCAUAUACCUGUUUGCCCCACGGGUCCAUCUCCAAUUAAUGCUCAUGCACCUUCUCCACCUGUUAAAGACAGUUCUAAUGAUCAGACCUCGUCGCUCUUAUAUCCACCCGAUAAAUCCCGUCGACUGACUCAUUCACCUACGGUGUAUACAAUCGACCUCAAAACCCUGUCCGCUUCUUUGGAGCAUUUGGCCGCCCAGCCGCUGCCACAUCCUAACUUGGUAUUUCCAUGGCUGCACGGUCUUCAUCCAGAUAAUCACUUGCAGGUGGGAUUCUUUACGAAGGGAAAACGUUCUCUCCGUCGAACUCCAAAGUGUUGGCGGGGUAUCACCAUUGUCAAAGUCGGUGGUGAUCUGUCCUCCUGCAGGAUCAAGGGUGCGGUAUCUCCAGAGGAAGUUUUGGCCCCGUCGGGAGUGGAGUUCCUGGCGAUUGACCCUCGGGAAGGCUUGUCAGUGCGCAACUUCCAGAUACAGACCGCAAAGUUGGCACCCUUAUCUGACAUUAUCGUCUAUGGUGAGAACAGUGCAACCCAGCAACAGAUUCUGGAUAUUGCAAGGCGAAUGGCAACGGCACAGCAUAAUUGGAGGAUAAAGAACGAUCCGGACCGUAACUCUCCCGCUUAUAAUACCUUUGUUCUAGAUUGUGCCUUUUCCGAGGUUGAGAAGAAAGCGUCGCACCUGGUGGCUAUCAGUUCCAGUGGCCAGCUUACGGGGCAGGUCGUGGAUUUCUUCCAGUGGGAACGGUUGGAGAUGUGUGAGAUGUCCAAAGCCUCCGAAAUUUCAACCAAUGUCUGGCUUGGCCCUACACCCGACUACCUAUUACGGCCUGGGUCUUGCGGGCCUGCACCUACCGAGAACUUCGAUCUAUUGAUCGAGGCUAGCGAGCUCGCAAGCAUUCCUGGCCCGCGCUUUUUGGCAAAUCUCAAUAAGCAACUCGAAGAAGGCCCACAGAAGCUGGAGUUUCCCUCGUCCGGUUCGAUCCUUUUGCCUUCAGGUGAAACCAGAGAGAUCGAUGAUCUGGUGAACACGGUCCGCUGGAUCUAUUACUUGGCCAACCCGGAUGAGCCAGACCAAAAGGCUGAUGCAGACGGCGAUAUUCCAAUGAUCCCCCUCACCAAGACAGCGCGCAAAAUCCUCAUCCAUUGUCCAGACGGCUACACUGAAAGCUCACUGCUAGCAAUUGCUUACUUGAUGUUUGCAGAGGGCAUUUCGGCUCCGAAUGCUUGGCUCAGACUGCAUUGUGAGAAGAAGCGGAAUUUCUUUGCCUACCCGUCUGAUAUAACCUUCAUGAGCGGCGUACAAAGACGACUAUUGCAGGAAAGCCCUGCAACUCGAUCACACAAGAUCAGAAGCCUUCCUGAUCCCGCUUGGUUCAGAUAUUGCGAUGGUUCCCUUCCAAGUCGGAUUCUGCCGUACAUGUACCUGGGUAACUUGUCCCAUGCCAACAACCCAGAGAUGCUUUCCGCAUUAGGGAUCAAGCGCAUCCUCAGCAUAGGCGAAACCGUUUCGUGGAGCAGCACUUCUGCUAAGGUGGACGAGAAGGAUAUCCUACACAUCACUAAUGUUCAGGACAAUGGAAUCGAUGAGUUGACAAAGGAAUUCGAUCGCUGUCUGGACUUCAUCCGACAAGGAAAGCACGACGGGAUGGCCACCUUAGUGCAUUGUCGCGUGGGCGUCUCACGUUCAGCGACAAUCUGUAUUGCCGAGGUGAUGGCGUCAUUAGGCCUCUCGUUCCCCAGAGCAUACUGUUUUGUCCGAGCACGAAGGCUUAACGUAAUCAUUCAGCCUCAUCUACGAUUUGUCUACGAGCUUCUUAAAUGGGAGGAGUUACAAUUACAGAAGCGAAACAAGCCUGCAAGACGGGAAUUAGAGUGGGCUACCGUGGCUCGUGAGAUCGCAUUGAUGAACAAACCCUAUUCUAGACAGUGAAAGCGACUUCAAUCAUGCAGGAAGCUUGCAGAAGUGUGACCUUUGGGAGCUGUGCCCCACUCGCCACAUUCCGCCGUGUAUCCUUUAUAGGGAGACAAACCGUGUCUCCUGCGACAAAAC